GACCCACCCAACUCAUGACAGAGAAUAGCUAUUGAAUAUGUUUGCCAUGCUCAAGGAUUGCAACCUGGCAAAGUGUUGUAGCCUGCCAUAGUACCAUCUUAAAGAUGAGUAGCAGUGAUGAAGACCAAUGGAAUGAUGACCAUGAUGAUGAAGAUACUGACGAUGAAGGCAGCACAUCGCAAACCCAACAAAAUAAUAAUAUGCUCUUAGCUACGGCGGCUACAGUUGCAGCGACAUAUGCAACAAAUUAUUUGAUAAAAAAACCAUGUAGGGCAUCUUAUUUAACAGGAGGGAUGUGGAUGGUAGAAUUACAAAAAGGGAAUCAGAUAAGAAUAUUUGAAAAUUUUCGAAUGGAAAGAGAGGUAUUUUAUCAAUUGUGUAAUUUGUUACAGACAAAUUAUGGCCUUCAAACUGGACGACAAGGCUCGGUUCAAGAGCAAAUUACAAUAUUUUUGUUUAUUGUUGGCGGUGACAUUCGAAACAGAAAUGUCCAAGAAAGAUUUCAACAUUCCGGCGAGACUAUUUCAAAAUAUUUCAAGAAGGUGUUAAAGGCUGUUACAAUGAUGUCCAUUGAUUGGGUAAGGCCUCAACCGACUAAUGGUGUGCAUCCAUAUAUCCGACGCAAACGCAAAUAUUAUCCUCAUUUCAAGGAUUGUAUUGGAGCAAUUGACGAAACACACAUCAAAGCAUAUAUAUCUCCAGAUAAGCAAGCUCGUCUAAUAGGUAGAAAGGGAUAUGCGACUCAAAACAUAAUGGCCGCAUGUGACUUUGAUAUGUGUUUCACAUUUUGCUUACCAGGAUAAGAAGGAAGUGCACACG